GUACCAGAUUGACAGAUCGAUUUGUUGUUUACGUUUUCGUUUCGAUCUCUGAAUCUUAAAAUUUAAUAAAAUUAAAAUCUGUAAAAUUCAAAUUGUUUAAAAAAUGUCAGAAUAUAGUGUUGCUAAAAGCAGUAAAUUGGUGUUGAAAGGCGAAAGUUCCAAGGGAUCAAAACGCAAACACAAGAAGCACAAAAAAGACAAAGAUUCCUCGUCCAAACGGGCCCGCCCGGAGGUUGACGAGGACGCCCUGAAGCACGGCGGCUGGUGGAAGAUUGCUAAAACGACCGACAUUACCGGCUCGGUGGCGAUUCAGUUCGGCAAACGCGCCUACAUCAAAGCCCUGGACAACGGACUUUUUACGCUGGGCGCCCCGCACGACGAGGGCGAUGGGCCCCAUCCGGAGGAAAUCUUCACGGCGGUGCUGAUCAACGAGGACAAGGUCGCGUUCAAGUCCGGGUACGGCAAAUACCUCAAGGUGGAAAAGGAUGGCAUUAUUACGGGCCGGUCGGAUGCCGUGUCCGCGGUCGAGCAGUUCGAGCCGGUCUUCGAGGGGGGCAAGAUGGCGCUGCUGGCCGCCAACGGGUGCUUCGUUUCGGUCGAUCCGGAAGAUGACGCGGUGGUGGCGCUGAAGAAGAAAGUGGGCGACAACGAGGUUUGCGUGGUGCGGAGUUGCGCCGAACGUGAGCAGAAAAAUACGAAGGAGGUGGCGGUUGAGGAGGAGGGCGAUCUGGACCAGGUGGAGAUCAACUAUGUGAAAAAGUUCCAGAAAUUCCAGGACAAGAAGCUGCGAGUCAACACGGAGGACAAGACUACGCUGAAGAACGCCCGAGACGAGGGAACGCUCCACGAGGCGCUUCUGGACAGACGCAGCAAAAUGAAAGCUGAUCGUUACUGCAAAUGAAGUGAAAAAAAAAGACUUUGUUUAGCUUA